ACACAACACACACCAAGCUUCUUCCAGUUCUUCGAACACCAACAAUCACAAUGGCUCCCUGCUCUUGCUCCUCUUGCGCCACCAACUGCGCCGGCUCUUGCUCGUCGUGCGCCUGCAGCUCGUGCGACGUAUGUUUCUGACGGCCUCAGUCCUCUUGCUUGAUCUAACAGCUCCCAGCACUAAGCAAUCAUGGACACGACGCUCUGACACCAUCGGCCUUCUCCGACAAAAUCCAGUUUUUUCCUGCCAAAGCUCCUGCCAGUCAUCUGAGAGGCUCGCAAUCAACACCGACGGGAAAGAUAACAUGUUCAAGGUGGGCCAAAGUUACCUUGCCGCAUGCUCCAAGGGGGAGGAACCGCGGCGGUGCCGAGCCAGCCUCGCACGCAAACUGCAUUGAUAGAUUGGUCUUUUUUGACGCUAUGUACAUGCAAUGAAACAAUAACACAGUGGUUCCAAG